AUGUUCCGGAUAGCAAUGACCGUUUUCUGUUGUGCACUUCUACAAUCUAGUGAAUGCAAUGGUGGAUUUAAAAAGCCAUUUGGCUGCCAAGGAAGUGCCAUUAGCGAUCAAACGAGGGAUGACGUUCUCAGCUUUUUUAACUUCAUUCGUGCACGUGUUGCGCUGGGACAAUACCGAGAGUUUGGUCUGUCAUCUGCAAGUGAUAUGAACAAACUGAGAUGGGAUUGCGAUCUGGAAGCAGUCGCUAAAGGAUCUGUGCUGGAUUGUCCUGAACGCGCAUCGUUUUCAGCUUCGACAAACGCUGUGAAUUUCAACUACUAUGGCCCAUACAUGGCUGAGGAGGUGCUCAGGAGUCCAAUUACGGCUUCAAUGUGGAAGUGGAUAGGAAUUGCAAACGCUGGUUGGCCAGCCGACAAUGUCUUCAACGGGAACGAAGCACUGCGUAGUUUUGCCAAUAUGAUCAGUGCAAACGCGACAGCUGCUGGCUGCUACAGCGCCACGUGUAAAGAUCGUGCAUCAUCGGCGUGUUUCUUCUCGCAACCUGAAGUACAGGUCGGCACAUUAGUGUACUCAUCCGGAAAUCCAUGCGGAAACGCCGGACAAUGCACAAGUCCUAAGAGCGGUCUUUGCGAAAACGGACUUUGUGUAAUUGCUGUUUGA